GGAGGGGGAUACAGGAGACACCCCGGCUGAUGCUGAAACGGCUGCUGCUGCUACUUGUACGACUGCUGAAGCUGCUGCUGCGCUGUUCACAUCUGAACCUUCUUCUGUUAGGCUCAGCUGGAGCUUUCUGUUCCUCUAAGCUGGGGUUGCUUAUGACUGCCUGAAUGUGUGAAUGGGACGCCUGAAAAGAGAUGCUUGCUAAGGAGUGACUGAUGAGAACCAGCGCUCCGGUGUGGAGGGUGACCCCCUGUGUCCGUACCACCACUACUUGGGGAGAAUUGGACGCCUGGCGUUUCCACGACAACUAUAAUGGGCUGCAAUCUGUGCACUUUACAGAAGCGAGAGGAACAUUACAAGCUCCUGUAUGAGAUUGCACAGGUGAAUGGAAAAGAGUUGUCCAAGUCCAGCCAUGAAGAGACUGUGGAAGCCUUCCGUGCUGCCAAGGACCCCGUCGUGGUGCAGGUCAUCCGGCGGACCCCCAGCGGGCGCCCUCAUGGCCCCCCUCAGGAAAUCCAUGUGGUGGAUGUGUGCACUCAGACAGACAUCACCUUUGAACACAUCAUGGCGCUGGCAAAACUCCGGCCUUCAACCCCUCCUGUGCCUGACGUCUGUCCCUUCCUGCUCUCUGACAGCUGUCAUUCUCUUCAUACAAUGGACCAGGAUUACUACGAAGGGACUGACUACCUCUCCCCUGUUCCUGGUGAUGGAGACAGGACAGAGGAGUUUGAGUAUGAGGAAGUAGAACUGUGUCGACUCAACAGCCAAGAGAAGUUGGGCCUUACUUUGUGCUACAGGACAGAUGAAGAAGAAGAUGUGGCCAUCUAUGUUAGUGAGAUCAGUCCAAACAGCAUCGCUGCCAGAGAUGGAAGAAUCCGAGAGGGGGAUCGCAUUUUACAGAUUAAUGGCCAAGAUGUACAGGACAGAGAGGAAGCAAUGGCUGCGCUCUCCAGUGACGAGUGUAGGAACAUCAUACUGCUGGUUGCCAGACCUGAGAUGCAGCUGGAAGAGGCCUGGCUGGAUGAUGAGCAUAGUGAGUUCCUAGAGCAACUGAAGAUGGAAAUGUUGGAGGAGCAGCAAAGAGAGGAAAUGGAAUUAGCUGCCUUACAAGAGGAGCAGGAGAAUGAGCAGAGAACAGAAGAUGACAAGCCCACUUGUUCCACACUCCCUCAUCAUAAGGACAAUGUACUAAGUAUAAAGGACAGAAUGGGGAACUCACAGCAUAAUGUCAUGGCACAUAUCCAGAAACGUCUGUCCCAGUGCCUGAAAGACAGUCGGGAAACACACUCUACCACCAGCUCCAUGCGGCUAGAGGACAGAGUGGAUGAGGAUGAGGAUGAAACAGAAGGUGAUCGCUUCCAGCAGCUCUUGGAACUGAAGUGUCAGAUACGCAACAGCGGUGAGUAUGACCUGUUCUACAGCCGCCGCAGCACUAUCGAGUGCAGCAUGGGGGAGCAGGCUGGUGUACAGCAUGAGCUGCGUAUGCUCAAUGAGGAACUCCGCAGCAUCGAGCUUGAAUGUCAGAACAUCAUGCAGGCCCAUAAACUUCGUAAGGGUCAGCAGUCUCCUUCAGUGGGCCAUUCUACAUCCUCCACCAAAACCCAAAGCUUUCACCGUGGUGAGCUCCCAAAGGGUAAGCUGGCUGACAUUAAUGAGAGGCUGGAGAAAUCGGACAAGGACAGCUCCAGUGCCUACAACACAGCAGAGAGUUCACGUAGCACCCCUCUGGCAAUGGACCGCUCCCCAGAGCACUCACUCCAGAGGAUGGUUAGUCUUACAAACCAGAGGAACCUCUGCAGCGGCCUUGCUACAGGUCACUCUCUUAGCCUGAGUCCCAUCCCAGCAUGCCGCGCUCCAGUCCCGGGUAAGAGCAGCAGCCCCGACCACAGCAAUCCUUCUGAGUCAGACCAAACACCUCAGGCUGAUGAAGAGAGCAGAGGGAAAUUAAAGCAAUGUGCUUCCCAAAAUCCUUACUUCUCUCCUUCUCACAGUUCCCAGCAGCGGCAGGCCAACAUCCCAGCUCAUGCCCGCCACUACCAGAGCUACAUGCAGCUGAUACAGCAGCGCUCAGCUGUAGAGUACGCUCAGAGCCAGCUCAGCCUGCUUAGCGUCUGUAAGGAGCCUCAGAGGCCCAUUGCUGAGCCCAAGAUGGAGUGGAAGGUCAAGAUCCGCAGUGACGGUACGCGCUACAUCACCAAGAGGCCUGUGAGAGAUAAGAUCCUGAAGGAGCGAGCCCUAAAGAUUAAAGAAGAGCGCAGUGGGGGAAUGACCACUGAUGAUGAUGCAAUGAGUGAAAUGAAGAUGGGGAGGUACUGGAGUAAAGAGGAACGAAAGCAGCACCUUGUCAGGGCAAAAGAACAGAGGAAAAGGAGAGAAUUCAUGCAGCGUAGUCGGCUGGAGAGCUUGAGGGAGAACCCUCAGAGUAGCAGUGAGGGUCGAAAGGAAGUCAGCAUCAUAGAGCUCAGCCACAAGAAGAUGAUGAAGAAACGCAACAAGAAGAUCUUGGAUAACUGGAUGACAAUCCAGGAGCUGAUGACUCAUGGCACUAAGGCCCCAGAGGGAGCUAAGGUGCACAAUGCCUUCCUUUCAGUCACUACUGUAUAAAAAAACAAACACACACACAUUCUACCCCAUGUGGUACGACAUACUUGCCUCGUUAAAUGUGGCAUUUUUAUGUGGACAAUAGGAAUAUUUUUCACACUUUGUAACCCAAAAAGCAUUUUGUAAAGAAUUUAUCAGCAGCAUCAUGACAUUUUGAUGUUUUUCAAAAUUGGUUUUUCACAUCACUCUGUGGGGAAAAACAUUUUUUCUAUGAAACGAUGACAGUACAAUUAUUUUGUUACUUUACGCAAAACAUGUUUAUCUUUUCAAUUCUAUUUUCAUAUUUAUGUUGUAAUCAUUUAACUCAAGACAGUUCUAAGAGACUUUUUUUUAAUGUAAUAUGCACACUUACCAAUGAUGGAUCAGCUGGUCAUCUCCUUUUUACUUUUUUAAAUAAAUACAUACUACCAUAUACAUAUACAGAUGUAUUCUGGGUCAAAGCAAAGAAGACAUGGACUUAGUUACUCCUCACGGUCCUGACAUUUAAAAAAACUAUAUGCAGAGGUGGGGUGUAGAGAUUUGACACUGCACAUUGUAAAUUGUUUAGCAAAAGUUUUUUUGGUCAAAACAAAACAAAAACUUUUUUGCUAAAUCCGUUAUCAGCAAUUUUUGUAAAAGCAUCUUUAAAAAGUUGGAUACCUCAUUUUACAGUGAAACUCGUGUUCUUUCUGUAACCUCAGCGACAAAGCUGCAAAUCGGGAAAACAACAAAAACAAAGCUGCUACACUGACAGUUCAGUAGAAAAAUACAGUUUUGGACAGAAUCUUGUCAUUGUAUUUAAACUAUUUUUGAAUCAUUAGUAAAGAGGACAGCAAACAAAGAUGUCCUGACUCAUUCCCAGUGUCGCUGCUUUGUUUGUCUGGUUUGCAGCUUUGUGUAAUAUUUUGUAUUCAAUUUUAUUUUGGUUUACUAUCUUGUUUUUUUUUUCUACAUAUACAACAACAGAUGAACCUUCCCCAUAGCUUUUACAUAUCAGUACUUUUUACUCUCCCACAUACACCUUAACUCAGCAUAGCCUUAACAACCAAACGUGAAUCAAUGGCAAUCAAGUUGCCAGUUGUGUGGCAACUUGAUUUCAAAACGCAAAACUGUCUGUGUGUCUUUGCAACAGAGAUAUUUUGUUCAGACUUAUUCAUACAUUGUAUGAUUUGAGUUUUUUGGCAACUGGAAACAUUCAUAUAUAUUGUAUAAUAGUUCUGAUUAAUAUUUGAAGUUACAUCAACAUGGUGUUGGGAUGAUUGCCACUGAGCAGGACUCAGAACACAGCAUUUUAGAACUGGUGAGAUGACUAGGUUGCCAUUUAUCAAAAGUCUUAUAGUUCAGUUACAUGUAUAGUAAACUCAUUCGAAAAUGAAUAAUUUUUAACUGAAGUAUUGUAAAUUUGAAAUUUUUGAAAACCAAGUCCUGUAUGUUUUAAGUCAGUGUCUGAUGAUCUAAUUUCAAGUAAAGCGUAGGUGGAACAUUUGUAGCCAGGUAAAAUGUGUUAUA